AAAUCAAGAGUUACCGGCGACGCAAGCCGAGCGACCACCUUUUUUCCCCCUUCCCUCCUCCUCCUCCUCCUUCUCCUCCUCCGUGGCAUCAAUGAACGCAACGGGUGGAUGCCGACACUGCCGCCCGUAAUCCUUCCCCGCACAUCUCGCCCUCUUCUCCUCUCCUCAUUCCCACCCUCUCUCUCUCUGUCUCUCUUCCUUUGACCCGUUCUUCCUCCUUCCUCGACGAGAGGAACGAGACAAAGGAAGAUCGAACACCCAAGGCAGGAGUGGCCUGGAUCGAUGGAGGAGAGGAAGGAGGAGGAGGACGCCGAUCCGGCCCGGCGGAAGGGUGACGCCGGCCGUCGCAACGUCCCCCGUAAGCACAGCCUUGACGACGACGCCCGCGUCUGCCCCUCCCCCCCGCACCCCGCCACCUCCAAUGAUUCCUCCUCCUCCAUCGACGCCCUCCACUCCGCCGCCGGCGCCCCCCGCGCCUUCUCCUACCCCCACUACCACUCCUCCCCUCCCCCUUCCUACCAGAAGCAGCGCCACCAGCACUCCUCCUCCGUCGAGGACAUCCGAUUUUCCCUUCCCCAUCACAACUUGCCCCCACCUUUCCCCUCCUCUCAGCACCACCACGCCGGCGGCUCCUUCGGCAACCCUUUCGCGUUUGACCGGCACGAGGGCGGCUCCUCCUCGCUCUCCGACGGCGAUGAGGCCCUCACUCUUGAGCUCGCCAUGUCCCAGUACGGCGGCGCACCCGGGACGAUCCCCGAGUUCAUAGGUAGCGGCGGGGGCUCCGGCAUCUUUCGCGUACCCAUUCGCGCCGCGAUGCACCCCGUACGGCCGCCUGCCCUCGAGGUCCGCCCCCACCCGCUCCGCAAGACCCAGGCUGGCUCCUUCCUCCGCACCAUCAUCUGCGCUCGCUCGCAGCUCUGGACGGGCCUGGAGUCGGGGCUGCGGGUGUGGAACCUCAAGGACGUAUUCGAGGGGUGGGGGCCUGGCGCGAUGGUGAAGAGAGGCGAUGAGGAGAGCUCCCCCUUCAGGGAUUCAUGCCGCACGUCGCCGACGCUGUGCCUAGCGGUUGACGCCGCCAAUGGGUUGAUUUGGAGCGGACACAAGGAUGGCAAGAUUCGUUCUUGGAAGAUGGACCAGUCGACCACCGUGAACGCUGCUCCCGAUGAUGGUGCUUGUGCUAUUGGUGCUUGCGCUAGUGCUCCCCCGUUUAGAGAAGGCCUUUCGUGGCAGGCGCAUCAGCGGUCUCCUGUUCUAUCCAUGGUUAUCACAUCUUAUGGUGAAAUAUGGUCAGGUUCUGAGGGUGGAAUUAUAAAAGUCUGGCCUUCGGAUGCCAUUGAGAAGGCCCUUUCUUUUACUGUGGAAGAAAGACAUAUGGCUACUUUACUAAUUGAGAGGUCAUAUAUUGAUCUCAGGAGCCAAAUUACUGUGAAUGGUGUGUGUACGUUGCCUGCUGUAGAUGUGAAAUAUAUGGCAUCUGAUAAUUAUAGGUCAAAAGUGUGGAGUGCUGGUAGUUUAUCCUUUGCUAUAUGGGAUUCUCAAACAAGGGAUCUCCUUAAAGUGUUUGGUAUUGAUGGCCAGGUAGAGACUCGAGUUGACCUACCAUCUGUGCAAGACCAAUCUUCUGAGGAAGAGAUGAAGACAAAAGUUGUUUCAUCAUCAAAGAAGGAAAAAUCACAAAGUUCAGUGAGUUUUUUCCAACGUUCUCGUAAUGCCUUAAUGGGAGCAGCUGAUGCUGUUCGCAGAGUUGCAGUAAAGGGAACAUUAAGUGAAGAUAAUCGUAGAACAGAAGCAUUAGCUGUUUCAAUUGAUGGUAUGAUUUGGACUGGAUGCACAAAUGGGUCACUAAUUCAAUGGGAUGGAAACGGGAACCGAUUACAAGAAUUGCAGCAUCAUUCUUCUUCUAUUCAGUGCAUUUGUACAUAUGGGCCACGGCUAUGGGUGGGCUAUGUUAGCGGCAUAGUUCAGGUUUUGGAUCUUGAUGGAAAUAUGCUUGGAGAAUGGAUUGCUCAUAGCAGUCCAGUUAUAAAGAUGGCCAUUGGAGGCUCAUAUAUGUUCACACUGGCACACCAUGGUGGCAUACGUGGAUGGAACAUAAUAUCUCCUGGACCUUUUGAUGAUUUAUUGCGAUCAGAGUUGGUUAAUAAGGAGCUAUCAUAUACAAAAAUUGAAAAUCUUAAGAUCUUGGCUGGAACUUGGAAUGUUGGACAAGAAAGAGCCUCUCAUGAUUCACUCAUAUCCUGGCUGGGUAGUGCAGCAUCAGAGGUUGGAUUAGUUGUUGUUGGCUUGCAAGAGGUGGAAAUGGGGGCUGGAUUCCUUGCAAUGGCUGCUGCCAAAGAAACUGUAGGACUUGAGGGGAGUGCUAAUGGCCAAUGGUGGUUGGAUACUGUAGGCAAGACAUUAGAUGAAGGGACAUCUUUUCAGCGUCUUGGUUCUAGGCAGCUGGCGGGGUUACUCAUUGCUGCAUGGGCUAGGAAGAACCUUCGGUCACAUAUUGGUGAUGUUGAUGCUGCAGCAGUUCCAUGUGGGUUUGGGCGUGCAAUAGGUAACAAGGGUGCUGUAGGUCUGAGGAUGAGAGUCUAUGACCGGAUAAUAUGUUUUGUGAACUGUCAUUUUGCUGCACAUCUGGAAGCAGUCAGCAGGCGAAAUGCUGACUUUGAUCAUGUUUAUCGAACAAUGGCUUUCAGCCGGCCAACCACUGGGCUUCAUGGAGCAGCAGCUGGCCCUACAUCUGUCCAACUGCAUCGUGGAGUGAAUGUCACGGGAUCUCAACCUGAUGAUGGGAAGCCUGAACUGUCAGAAGCUGACAUGGUUGUCUUUCUUGGCGAUUUUAAUUAUAGGCUUCAUGGUAUCUCAUAUGAUGAAGCUAGGGACAUGGUUUCUCAAAGAUGCUUUGAUUGGCUUAGAGAAAAGGAUCAGCUUCGAGCAGAAAUGAAAGCUGGCAAAGUCUUCCAAGGAAUGCGGGAAGGGCAAAUUAAAUUUCCUCCAACAUACAAGUUUGAAAGGCACCAACCAGGUCUAUCAGGAUAUGAUUCAAGUGAGAAGAAGCGAAUCCCUGCAUGGUGCGACAGAAUACUGUAUCGUGAUAGCCGUUCAAUUUCAGUGGCUGAAUGCUCAUUGCAAUGCCCUGUUGUCUCAUCAAUUAUGCUGUAUGAAGCGUGUAUGAAUGUUACUGAUAGUGACCACAAGCCUGUCAGGUGCAUAUUCUGCGUCGAAAUUGCAAGGGUGGAUGAGUCAAUAAGGAGGCAGAAGUAUGGAGAAAUAAUUGCAUCAAAUGAGAAAAUAAGAUCCUUGCUUGAAGACUCUUGUGCUGUUCCAGAAACUAUUGUCAGCACAAACAACAUCAUCCUGCAAGACCAAGACACUUCCAUUCUUCGAAUCACAAAUAAGUGUGAAAAUAACAAAGCUAUCUUCCAAAUCAUUUGUGAAGGCCAGUCGACUAACGAGGAGGAUGGAAAUGCAACUGAGUUUCGUGCUAGAUGUUCCUUUGGUUUUCCUGUUUGGCUCGAGGUUCAACCAGCAGCUGGCAUAAUCGAACCUGGACAAACAAUAGAAGUGUCGGUGCAGCAUGAUGAUUACUUCACUCAGGAAGAGUUUGUAGAUGGAAUCCCACAGAACUCUUGGUGCGAAGAUACCAGGGACAAAGAAGUGGUACUGUUAGUGGAUGUUUCCAGCACUGGCUCAACUGAGAGCAAGGGUCACAGGGUCCAUGUACGCCACUGUUUUUCGUCCAAGCCUGAUUGUGGUGACAGGAAAAAGCUCAGAAGAAGAAAUCAAUCGACUCAUCUACAUAGGUCUGACAUUGGAAACUUUAGCAGUUCUGUGGACAUGGUUCCUUCGUUCCAUCACUUGCAUUGUGAUGAGACAGCAGAUGAAAGAUAACACGGACAUUGCUUGUACAUAACCAAUCACCUGCUAGCACAAACUACUUGCUCGUCAGAAAAGAAAUCCAAAUCAAAUAUUCACAGCAAUUGCAAGAUCCCGCCGAUGUGUGUAUCAGUUAAACCUUGAUAGAGGAUGUGUUUUUUUGUUUCUUUUGUGGUUAUAUAUAGAUUAUGGUAUCACACAUGUAAAUUGAACUUUGUUUAGAUUGUGAGUUAGGUUAAAGGAAGUGUGUAGCUUUUGUCAUGCUAAUUUGCUAGCAAUGUACGAUUGUUUGAUUGACACGAAAUUGUAAUCAUAUUAUUUUUCAAGUGAUUGUGGGUGGUAUUAUUGUUUA